UCACACCAUUAUGUUUCCUCCCUUUGACCAUAACAGGAAUCGGUAAAGAAGCUAUCGGGGUGGAGCAGCUUUGCCAACAAAACCAGCCGAUGUAAAAAUGGAGCUUGGUGUCAGUCAGCGAUAGAAAUAUGACCUGUCACCUAUCAGCCAUCACUUCACUCGUUUUGUCGCCUCGCUAACUGACACAGUAAACUGUAGACACCGCCGGGGUAGACUUCGCCUGUAUGGCGGGUCUGUCAUAUUUAGUGCUCCGAUUUUCGGGCUCCGCUGGUCGGACUUAUGGAGUGUUUUGCAAAGGCUUGACAAGGACUUUGUUGAUCUUUUUUGAUCUCGCAUGGCGACUGCGGAUCAGAUUCCCUUAUAUCUACCUCGUCGCUUCCAUGAUGUUUAAUGUCAGGUUACAGGUCCACAUCGAAAUCCACUGAAUCUUCAAUGUACGUGUUUGGGCUUAAAAACAAUAAAUUGUGAGCACCGCCUGUUCAGUGCGAGCUGCCAGGCGAUGUGGAGGAAGAGCACGCGUGAUUCUGCGAACCGGUGUGACGAUGCCACAAAGUGACGCGGCUGGUUGUCGGCGGUCAGCCCUCGUCACACGAGCCCAGUGCCUUUUGCAGGGAGAAGUACGGCAGUGAUGCUUGUAAAAAGGAAAAAGAAAAAGAAAAAGAAGAAAUGAGCCGGGGUGAACAGUGAUGUGUGAGGGUGAAAGUUGGGGGGGGGGGGUCACAUUCACCCUUUAAAACUGUCACCUGUGAUUUAAGGAGCCGCUCGUCACCUUUUUGAAGAUUGUGUCACAUGAAGGGGUUUUUUUUCUUUUUCUUUUCUUUUCAUUUUUUUGUUUUUUCCUGGAUGUCGAGGGCUUUGGCGGGAAACCGGAUGAUUGUUACUGUGGAACUUUGUAGCUUCUCUUUAUUGUCUGACGUGUGUUUAUUAGACACUCGUUGUGAACAUCUCACUUUAAUUAAAAAAAAGUAAAAAAAAAAAAAAAAAAAUACACCGCAUGACACAAACAA